CAAGAUGGUUCAGGGAUGCUGUGGGAUUAAACAUGGCUACUGGGAUGAGUUCAAAGAGGUCAUUAAGCUUGCCUGGCCUGUAGUUCUUACUCAGCUAUGGCAGAUUCUGAUUGCCCCUAUCAGUCUGAUAUUUUGUGGACACUUGGGCAAAAUUGAGCUUGAUGCAGUAGCUUUGGCAGAUACCAUGAUCAAUGUGUUUGGUAUUUGUAUAGGAACUGGUCUGGUCAAUGUAUGUGACACUCUCUUUUCACAGGCAUAUGGCGGAACUAAUAAGAAAAUGGUUGGAAUUUAUUUACAAAGAAGUUUGGUGAUAAUAUUUCUUGCUGCCAUGUUGCUCGUUCCCCUUCAUCUGAAUGCCGAGAGUCUAUUGCGUGCCAUAGGGCAAAAUCAUCAAGUUGCUAAGGGUGCAGGAGAGUACCUGCUAAUAUUCAUACCUGGAAUUUUCCUGAACUUUUUCUAUCAAGUCUUCUCCAAAUACCUCCAGCAUCAGAACAUAGUCUAUCCAUCUCUUAUAAUUGGAGCGUUCGCUAAUAUAGUCAAUGCCGUACUGCACUAUGUUGUCAUUUAUGUGUGGAAUUUCGGCAUACAAGGCUCGGCUUGGGUGCAGGUGAUAUCAUAUGGAACAAUGCUGGUACUACAUAUCAUCUACAUACUGGUCACAAAGGUAUAUGAGAAUACCUGGCAAGGUUGGAGUCUUGAUGCCUUCCAACAUUGGGGGACAUACUUGAAGCUAGCCAUACCUGGCAUGUUAAUGAUCUGUAUGGUAUGGUGGUCCUAUGAGGUUGGUACGUUCCUUACAGGUUCCAGCAGGUGUAGGGGUAUCUUGCAGUAUACGGGUGGGACAGUAUUUAGGAUGUGACCUCCAUUCUUAUGCUAUACAAACCUUUAGAGUAUGCAUGAUUAUAAUAGGUGUUAGCUCCAUAUUGUUGGCUAUAAUCUUUGUUACUCUUCGAAACUACAUCCCGAGGGCAUUCACUGACGAUUAUGAAGUAGUAGAGAUAACUGCCAACGUGUUGCCAAUUAUUUCCCUUUAUCAGUUCUUUAGUGGCAAUGGGGCUGUGGCAGAGGGAGCUAUCAGGGGGUCUGGGAGACAGUUAGCAGGGGCAAUAGCAGUCUUUGUAGGCUACUAUAUCAUAGCUCUACCUGUAGGAAUACCACUCAUGUUCCUUACUGAUUUAAGGGCCGCAGGUCUUUGGUGGGGA